AUGGCAGACCCAUCGAUCAUUCGGCCUACUGCCUUUCCAAGACUCGACGAUCUAUUGUUUUCCGUUCAGCGCGAGGACAACGACGAGGUUCAAUACAAGCAGCGGGAUUUCAGCUUCGCAACAAAUCAUAUACCUCGUCCAAGAGGCAGAGAUGCGCUCCUGAAGGACUACUCUCAAUUCAUCGCGUUCUAUACCGGCGAGCGGGAAGUCGCGUACCGAUAUGCUCUACGGAAACAACUACAUCAUGCAGUCGAACCACAGAUCAUACAAGCCAGGGCGAUGGACACUGAAGUCUUGUCAGACUGCAAGACAAAUUAUGACUAUACACUCGAUAUCAUCCAUCCCGGAGAAGGAGAUACAACGAGUUUCGAUUUUGGUUUCGAAAUUGUUGCCGAUGUGGACAAUUUCACCUCAACAGAGGCACCUCCACUACUCCAUUGUGUAAGCAUGUUUUUUUCGCAG